CUCUCCUCACACUCCAACCCUGCUCAUCUCUCAGCUGGACAGUAAGGGCCGUUCACACCACACACUGACAACAUGCUGGGGACACUCUGCACUCUCAUCACUGCUCUAACAUGUGUCAGUGGUGUGACUGUGGUGACACAGAAGCCUCCUGUUGUGACGGUGAGGAAAGGAGACACGGCCACUAUGGACUGUAACCUGGGGACUGUUGAGAGUAGUGCUGCUCGUUGGUAUAAACAGGUUCCAGGAGGAGUUCCUCAGUAUGUUUUAUAUUUCUACCACACUAAUAGUGCUCCUACCUAUGGCUCUGGUUUCUCCUCUCCUAAAUUCACAUCUAAUCAUCAGUCUAAAUCCGAUUAUCGUUUGAUUAUUAACACUGUGGAGGAGACAGACUCAGCAGUUUAUUACUGUAACACAUGGGACAGCUCUGUUAAAGAGUAUGUAUCACAAAUCACUGUGGUAUUCGGACCAGGAACCAAGCUCAUUGUCACUGACUCUACCCUCCCUCCUCCUGUCUUGACCAUCCUCCCCCCGUCCAGUGUUGAGUUGAAGUCCAGCAAAGUCACCCUGGUGUGUCUGGCUAGUCAGAUGGCCAUGGGCUACGCUGAUGUGAGCUGGACAGCGGGAGGGAAUCCGGUCACCAGCGGCAUCGCUACGAGUGGCCCCGUGCCGCAAGCCGACAAGACGUUCCAACUCAGCAGCUGUCUGACCGUUGACACGUCAGAAUGGAACCAGGACAAAGUGUUCUCAUGUAAAGUCACCGCGGGCUCCAAGUUCGCUGAGAAAGGCAUCAAGAAGUCUGAAUGCAGCACUGAAUAGUUUGAGAACCAUUGUAAUGUCAAUUUGAUAUUCUACAUCGCUUUUCAAGUUAUUGUUAAUGCAUCAGAAAAUAUACAUAUAUACACUCGGGUCCAAAAAAGAGAGAAAUUGCUACUAAUACUGAUAUCAUAGGCUAGGCUAUAUGAUAAGUAGACUCUGUAUAUUUGAAAUGUGUUGCUUUGCAGAUUUAUAAUAGUGGAAUUGUUAGAGCUUUGCUGUAUUGUGGAUAUUCAAUAAAGAGCAUUGUAAAGAA